GAGAACGCCCCCGUAAGAAGACGGCGCGUGGACUGCAGAUAUAGGAAGUUACAAUUCGACAAGGACGAGAACAACUUGUUUACCGGUACAAGAUUUUCGAUUACCAUUCAAAUUGUAUUAAAUCUCAAGUGUCGAGUUGCUGCCAACUAACUCUAAAUUAUUGUUGCUUUUAUGUUGAUAUUUUACUUUUUAUUUUUUACUUUUCAGUUGCGUAUGUGAAUAUUUGUUUGUUUUUUAAACAACUUGUUUUGGAAUCCUGGUGGGAAAGAAGCCUUCCUUGUUGUCAACUAUAGAGCUGUAGAGCAUAGAAAUGACCGGACCGUAAUAUCAGUGGUUGCAUGCUGAUUGGAGGAGGGCAGUGCCAGUGUCAGCCAGCAGGAUGAGUGUGUCUGACGGUGUGACGAGAACAACUAGCUUGGACAUGGAUCAAUUACAGCAACGGCAGACCGUCUUCCUCCAGAUCUACCCGCGUCUGCCCCAGGACACAGCUGCAUGUUGUACCCUCCAGGUCAGCCCUCGGGCCACGGCCGCUACGGUUAUCCAGAACGCAGGGGCCACGCUGGGCCUUGACAUGACCCGACACUACGCCCUCUUGGAGGUCAGGCAGGAUGGAGGGGCUGAGAGGAUGCUAGGGCACUCUGAGAUUCCCGUGGAGAGGGUGUUGCUGUGGCCCCCAGGGGCCCGGAACCAGCAUCCCCAGGAGGAGGGGUACUACUUCAUCCUGCAAGCCCAAGGAAGUGGAGGGGAUCUGGGGUCAGGGACUGGUGGUAGUGAGGUAUCUUCAUUAGAGGAAUAUGAUGACCUGUGCAGCCUCUCCACCCUGACCGAGGACACUAUCCUGGCCGCAUUGCGCCAGCGCUUCUACAAACACAACAUCUACACAUACGCCAGCGGCAUCCUGGUCGCCAUUAACCCCUUCAAGUUCCUACCCAUCUAUAACCCGAAGUAUGUCAAAAUGUACAAUGACCAGCCACUGGGAAAACUGAGCCCUCACAUCUUUGCAGUGGCGGACGUGGCGUUCCACACCAUGCUGAAGCAGCAGGAGAACCAGUGUGUGGUGAUAUCAGGGGAGAGCGGAUCAGGGAAGACCCAGAGCGCCAACUUCCUGAUUCACUGUCUGACAGCGUUGAGCCAGAAGGGCUACAGCAGCGGGGUGGAGAGGACCAUAUUAGGAGCAGGGCCUGUCCUGGAGGCGUUUGGCAACGCUAAGACGGCUCAGAACAACCACUCCAGUCGCUUUGGGAAGUUUAUCCAGGUCAACUAUCUGGAGAGUGGGGUGGUGAGAGGGGCGGUAGUAGAGAAGUAUUUCCUGGAGAAGUGUCGGCUAGUGUUUAGAGAUAGGAGUGAGAGGAACUACCACGUGUUCUACUACCUGCUGGUGGGAGCGUCCAAGGAGGAGCAGAGAGAGUUCAGUCUGCUGCAUCCUGAAGACUACGCAUACCUACAACAGGAGGACUUUAAUUUAGAAGAUGCUGAGGACCUCCGGCGUGAGUUCAAGAGGCUUCAGCAGGCCAUGGAGAUGGUGGGAUUCCUGGUCCCCACCAAGAAACAGAUCUUCUCUGUGCUCUCUGCCAUCCUGUACCUGGGCAACGUGACGUACAGCCAAUCAGAAAACGGCCAGGGGCUGGAGGCGGGGCCAGCAGAUGUCCUCUACACCCUGUCUGACCUCCUGGAGGUCAAACAGGAGUUGCUGGUGGAGGCUUUGACUAAGAAGAAACAAAUGACGGCCAACAACACCGUAGUUCUACACUACACUCUCGAUGAGGCUGUGACAGCACGGGACUCGAUGGCCAAGUCUCUGUACAGCUCUCUGUUUGAUUGGAUCGUCCUGCACAUCAACCACGCUCUGCUCAACAGACGAGACAUGGAGGAGGCCGUCUCUUGUUUGUCUAUAGGUAUCCUGGAUAUAUUUGGUUUUGAGGACUUCCAGACGAACAGCUUUGAACAGUUCUGUAUUAACUACUCCAUCGAGAAAGUUCACUAUUACUUUCAUCAGCACGUCUUCACGCUGGAGCAGGAGGAGUACCAGGCAGAAGGGAUCAGCUGGAGUCCCAUUGACUACAAAGACAACCUGGGCUGUAUCCAACUAAUCAGCCAGAAACCCACUGGACUGUUCCACAUAUUGGAUGAGGAGAGCAAUCUCUCCCAGUCCACAGACAACACCCUGUUGGAGAAGUUCAAGCAGCGGCAUCAUGAUAACCCGUACUUUGUCCCCACCGCGGUGAUGGAACCAGCCUUCAUCAUACAACACUUUACUGGGACCAUCAAGUACCAGAUUAAGGAUUUCCGGGAGAAGAACACGGACCACAUGCGUCCGGAGAUCGUGUCGUUACUACGCAGCAGUCAGCGGGCGUUCAUGCGUCAGCUGAUCGGGUCAGAUCCUGUGGCCUUUUUCCGAUGGGGAAUCCUCCGAUCCACCAUACACAUCAUAGCAGUCUUCAAGGAGGCUGGGCGCCGCCGUGCAGCCGCUGCUCUGUUGAAACCCACCUCCUCUCGCAUUACAGGGGAACUGAAGAGGAGACCCAUCUUGGCUCUACAGAGACUGGCCAGCUCCCGGCUGGACUUCUCAUUCGACCGGUCUGAUGACCACCCUCUGGAGGUGUUAGAGGACAUAUUCGUCAGCUAUGAGAACAGGAAAAAGACCAAAGGCAGCAAGCGCAAACAGCUCAUUCCCAAGAAUCUGAUGAACUCCCGGUCCCUGAAGCACAUAGUGGGUCUGACGCGCCACGACCUCACCCCCAGCUCUCUGCUCCACCCACACCCGAGGAAGCAACCGUCCAGCAUCAGCGCUCAGUUCCAGGCGUCUCUCAAUCAGCUGCUGGAGACUGUGGGGAGAGCAGAGCCUUUCUUCAUCCACUGCAUUCGGUCCAAUGCCGAGAAGAAGGAGAUGCUGUUUGACGACGCUCUAGUUUUACAGCAGAUGAGGUCCACGGGCGUGUUGGAGACUGUACGCAUCAGGAAGUCUGGCUACAAUGCCAAGUUCACCUUUAAGGAGUUCCUAGAGAGGUUUAAGGUGUUGCUGCCUAAAGAAGCCACCUCGGCACCGAAGGACAUAGCUAACCUGCUACAGAAGAUGGGCCUGGGACAGAGCACAUACCAGAUUGGGAAAACUAAGGUGUUCCUAAAGGAGAGGGAGAGGCAGCAUCUGCAGGACACCCUGAACAAGGAAGUGAUGCGUCACAUCGUCAUCCUCCAGCGCUGGUUUAGGGCUUGUCUGAUCAGGAGACACUUCCUCUGCAAGAAAGAUGCUGCCAUCAGAAUACAGCGAUGUUGGCUGGCGUUCCGAGCGGACAACAGAUGCCUUGCGGCCACAGUGAUCCAGGCGGCAUGGAGAGGUUCUCAGGAGAGGACAGACUACUUGAGAAUGAGGAACAGCGUCAAGAAAAUGCAGGCACUGAUCAGGAACAAACAAGGACCAGACAGCACUAAGGCUGAGGGAGAGAAGCCCGCCACGCCUCCCCAGCUCCCUCCCAAAACGCAGUCCAAGCAUCAGUACCAAACCCAGCACCAGAGAAACCUGGAGAGGACGGAGCUGAGGAGGAGGCAGCACAGUGAGGAACACAGUCCCAACAGAAGCCCCGAGACAGGCCCAGAAGUCAAUGGACAGAAGGCCUCCCAGAGGAACACAGAGACGGAGAAGAGAGAGGGAAGAGGCUCUCCACCUCCCCUCAACAGACCUCUCUCCUUCCCGCUAGACGCCAAGGCUGGCAGGGAUGGAGAGGGGGAGUCAACCAGCCCCUCCCAUCACACAGGCUCACUGAAGGGCUGCUCCACCUUGGAGGACAGUAAGGAGCGUGCUGAGGGAUGGAAUGUGAGCAGGAGGGAGGGAGGACACCAGGAAGACUCCCGCGCUGAGGUCCAGCGACCCAGGAAUAUGGAGGGGUUGCUGUGGAAUUCUGGGUCGGUGUCAGACAGCUCUCCCAUCGCUACUGAGUUUCCAAAAUGUUCUGAUAUGUCCACGGACGGGGCUAGUUUCAGCCUCCCAGAUGAGAGCAUAACCCGCGGAGACUCCAGCCAAUCCCAGCCGACCACUCCUGAUAGGCUCGGCAUCUUCAGUAAGUUUCGGAGGAAACGUCCGACUCGAAACUCACAGACAAAUGCGUACGGGAUGGUGACCAAUGAGAAUGCACCAUCUGGGAAAGGAGCCACCUCUACCUCCUCCCUGUACACUGGGCGCCGUGGUAACAACAGUGAAGGGCGUGGUAACACUACCAUCAGGAUCAGCCGAGCCACGCGGGUCUCCGAGCAGUGGAAUGCUUCUCUGGAACGGGAGAUCACCGACACUGAUGAGCUCCGACACCUGGAUGAGUUCCUGGGGAACCAGGUAAACGAGCUGAGGACCAGGGUAAAGGAGCUGUCAGCCACAGAGAUGAUCUUCCUUACAGCCACCAUGCAGUUCAGAGAGACCAUAAAGGGCAUGUACUCUGUCUUGAAGCCCCACAUCAGCUAUAAGGUCCUGAUGACGGGCUACCGCAACUGUGUGUCCAGUCAUGCUGGAGCCAAGCAGCUGACCGUGGUCAGCCUGGUGGUCAACCUGUUCCAGUCCAUCCUCGACGGCUUCAUACGGGGAGAGAUCAAACGAGAGGGGUUUGGGCUACCGGUCAAGACCGUGAACAAGCCAAAGACGAAAAAGAAAAAAUGUCUCGACAGCCCUUUAGGUCACAUGUUUAGUACGUACCAGGUCAACAUCAGGCAGUCCUGUGACCUGUGUGGUUUCUACAUCUGGGUUAUGGAGAAGGCCUACAUGUGCAGCGCUUGCAAAUUGAUAUGUCACAAGAAAUGCCUUUCCAAAAUCAUCACUGACUGCUCAACUCGAUGUGCCAGGCUGGACGAUGGAGAACCUGGCUGUCUGCACUUUGGGGUGCAGGUGUGUGUACUGACCAGUAAGACCUACCCGAUCCCCAUGGUACUUCUGAUGAUGCUGGAGCAUGUUGAGAUGAAUGGCCUGUACACAGAGGGCCUCUACCGUAAAUCUGGUUCUGCCUCGCACGCCAGGGAAUUACACCAACUACUGGAGACAAACCCUGAGACGGCGACUCUGGAGAACUAUUCCAUCCACACGGUGACUGGCUUGGUGAAACGCUGGUUCAGAGAGCUGCCUGACCCCCUCCUGACUUACCGCCUCUACAAGGACUUCCUGCACGCCGUUGAGAUGCCAGAGCAAUCUGAGCGGCUUCGUGCGGUCUACCAGAAACUGGACGAGCUUCCCUCCGCUAACUUCAAAACACUGGAGAGAUUGGUCUUUCACCUGGUCAGAGUGGCAAAGGAGGAAGAACACAACAGGAUGUCAGCAAACUCCCUGGCCAUAGUGUUUGCCCCCUGCAUCCUGCGAUCCCAAGACACCACUGACCCCUUCCUAGUCAUGAAGGACGUCUCCAAGACAACCACGUGUGUGGAGAUCCUGAUCUCAGAACAGUUCAGACGGUACACUGAGAAGAUGAAGGAUAUCACCGAGCUGGAAUACGCUGAGGCCCUGGCCGUCAACCAGCUCAAACUCAAGAGACGGAACACUAUCUCAGAGAAACCUUCAUCGGAGCUGGACGCCCUCACAGACAACCUUGACCCGUUGGAUAGAGACAUGGAAUCAGAGAGGAACCUCAUCGAAAGGAUAAAAUCCAUCAAGCAGGAGAAGGAGGAGCUGGCGUGCAGGUUGCCAGAGCUGGAACAGGAGAACUCCGACAACGACAACCUGGACUCUGAGUCAUCAAUCAGCUCAGAGAGCCUGGACUCAGAAGGCAGAAUGAACCUGUUGUGGAGGAGCCAGAGGCAGGUGUGCCCUCCUAAGCCACCUGACCUGGCCCAGAGAACUACUACAGCCACUGACCAGGCUAGAUGGAUAGAACCCCCAGCCCACAACAAAACCAGGAGCAGGAACUUCUCCGAGCUGGACAUCCCUUUCAUAGAUGAGGAAGAGGACUAGCCUGGGUGCCAGUCUGUUUUUGCUCCAAAUGGAAUUAUCAUGCCAAACAUGGCUGUACAAUGACAGCAAUGGAGUUGGAAAGAGCAGUAAACUGAUCUGGGACCAGGCUAGAGGACAUCUAGGAUGGGGCCAUAUUGUCCUCCGACAGGUGGCGUCUCUAAUACGAUGCUAAUCCUUCGACUGAUAGCAUUGGAGCUGUGUUAUGGCAACAAGAACCAAGCACAUGAUGUAUAUUUUCCUACAUCCAUUUGUGUGUGUGUGUGUGUGUGUGUGUGUGUGUGUGUGUGUGUAAUGAUCAAAGCUCAAAUCUAAUUUUGUUUGUCACAUGCGCCGAAAACAACAGAUGUCAACCUUGCCUUAAAAUGCUUAGUUUUUAAAAGGUAAGAAAAAUGUGCUAACUUAAUCUAGGGAAAAUAGUAACACAAUAACGGGCCUGUAUACAAGGGGUACCUAUACCAAGUCAACGUGAAGGGGUACGGGUUAGUCUAGGUAACUGAGGGAAUAUUUACAGGACCAGUCAAAAGUUUGGACACACCUACUUAUUCAAGAGUUUUUCUUCAUUUGUACUAUGUUCUACAUUGUUGAAUAAUUGUGAAGACAUCAACAUUAUGAAAUAACACAUAUUAAAGCAUGUACAUAGUAACCCAAAAAGUGUUAAAAAAAAUAAAAAUAUAUAUUUAGAUUCUUCAAAGUAGCCACCCUUUGCCUUGAUGGAUAGCUUUGCACACUCUUGGCAACAGUCUUGAAGGAGUUCCCACAUAUGCUGAGCACUUGUUGGCUGCUUUUCCUUCACUCUGUGGUCCAAUUCAUCCCAAACCAUCUCAAUUGGGUUGAGGUCAGGUGAUUGUGGAUGCAAGGUCAUCUGAUGUAGCACUCCAUCACACUCCUUGGUCAAAUAGUGUGUUUUGGGUCAUUGUCCUGUUGAAAAACAAAUGAUAGUCCCACUAAGCGCAAACCAGAUGUGAUGACGUAUCGCUGUGGUAGCCAUGCUGGUUAAGUGUGCCUUGAAUUACAAAUAAAUCACUGACAGUGUAACCAGCAAAGCACCCCCACACUAUGACACCUCCUCCUCCAUGCUUCACAGUGGGAACCACACAUGAGAUCAUCCAUUCACCUACCCUGCGUCUCACAAAGACACAGCAGUUGGAACCAAAAAUCUACAAUUUGGACUCAUCAGACCCAAGGACAGAUUUCCACUGAUCAGAUCAGUUUGUCACGUGUGCCGAAUACAACAGUGAAAUGCUUACGUUUAAUGUCUAAUGUCCAUUGCUCGUGUUUCUUGGCCCAAGCUUGUCUCUUCUUAUUUUUGGUGUCAUUUAGUAGGGAUUUCUUUAUAGCAAUUUGACCAUGAAGGCCUGAUUCACGCGGUCUCCUCUGAACAGUUGAUGUUGAGAUGUCUGUUACUCUGUGAAGCAUUUAUUUGGGCUGCAAUCUGAGGUGCUGUUAACUCUAAUGAACUUGUCCUUUGCAGCAGAGGUAACUCUGGGUCUUCCUUUCCUGUGGUGGUCCUCAUGAGAGCCAGUUUCAUCAUAGAGCUUGAUGGUUUUUGCAACGGCACUUGAAGAAACUUGGAAAAGUUCUUGAAAUUUUCAAGAAUGACUGGCCUUCAUGUCUUAAAGUAAUGAUGGACUGUCAUUUCUCUUUGAAUAUUUGAGCUGUUCUUGCCAUAAUAUGGACUUGGCUUUUACCAAAUAGGGCUAUCUUCUGUAUACCACCCCUAUCUUGUCACAACACAACUGAUUGGCUCAAAUGCAUUAAGAAGGAAAGAAAUUCUACAAAUUAACUUUUAACAAAGCACGCCUUUUAAUUGAAAUGCAUUCCAGGUGACUAUCUUGUGAAGCUGGUUGAGAGAAUGCCAAGAGCGUGCAAAGCUGUCAUCAAGGCAAAGGGUAGCUAAUUUGAAGAAUCUCAAAUAUAAAAUAUAUUUUGAUUUGUUUAACACUUUUUUGGGGGUUACUACAUGAUGCCAUGUGUUAUUUCAUAGUUUUGAUGUCUUCACUAUUAUUAUACAACGUAGAAAAUAGUAAGAAAGACCCUUGAAUGAGUAGGUGUGUCCAAAUGUUUGACUGGUACUGUACAUGUAGGUAGGGGUAAAAGUGACAAUGCAUAGAUAAUAAACAGAGUAGCAGCAGUGUAUGUGAAGCGUGUGAAUGUAUGUAUGUGUGUGUGUGUGUUGGAGUUUUUGUGUAGUGUGUGUGUGGCUAGAGUCCAGUGAGGGUACAUCGAGCCUGUGCAAGAAAGUCAGUGAAAUUCUUUUUGAAUAACUACGAGAUGGCCACCCGGAAUAUGUAAAUAGUCCGGGUGGCCAUUUGAUUAACUGUUCAGCAGUCUAAUGGCUUGGGGGUAGAAGCUCUCAAGGAGCCUUUUGGUCCUAGACUUGGCGCUACGGUACUGCUUGCCAUGUGGUAGCAGAGAGAAGUUUGUCACUUACAUUUUUACAUUUUAGUAAUUUAGCAGAUGCUCUUAUUCAGAGCGACUUACAGUAGUGAGCGCAUACAUUUUUAUAUUUGUUCGUACUAGGCCACUGUGGGAAUCGCACCCACAACCCUGGCAAGUGCCGUGCUCUACCAACUGAUCUUCCUUUUGACACCGCCUGGUAUAGAGAUCCUGGAUGGCAGGAAGCUCGGUCCCAGUGAUGCACUGGGCCAUACACACUGGUUAUGCAACCAGUCAGAAUGCUCUCGAUGGUGCAGCUGUAGAACCUUUUGAGAAUCUAAGGACCCAUGCCAAAUCUUUUCAGCCUCCUGAGGGGGGAAUAGGUGUUGUCGUGCCCUCUUCAUGACAGUCUUGGUGUGUUUGAACCAUGAUAGGUCCUUAGUGACAUGAACACUAGGGAACAUGAAGCUCUCGUUCUGCUCCACUACAUCUCAGUCUAUGUGAAGGGGGGGGGGGGUGCUUGUCCCUCCUCCUGUAGUCCACGAUGCUGCUGUUGACAUUGAGAGCCUCUUAAGAAAGCAUCUGUGGUCUUCUAAUGAUGUCAUAAUGGAAUUACACAAGACACAGUGCAGUCUGUUGUACCAAUGCACCUUUGAUAUUAACCAUGUACAAUCUCAUGUUAUUGUAAAGGCAAGUAUUUUGGAUGUCUCACCUGUGGACAGUAGUAUAACGAGGACCAAAUCAUUUUAAUCCAUAAUACAGGUUCCUUGUUUGCAAUGGACUACUUCUAUGGCACCUAGUUUGGUACUUGAUAAUUAACCUCAAAUGGAAACAAUACAGUCAAGAUUGUUUUAAGGUUAUCAGCAUAUUUGUGUUUUUCUGUUUUCUUUGAAAUUGAGAUGGAUAUUUUCACCUUGGUCCCCCCUUUUUUUUAAACAAUAUAUUUAUUGACAUAUUUUCACAUUUUCACAAGCACCCCACCCCCUCCCCCCAAAAACAUGACAAUUAAAGGUUGACUCAUCUAAAUGAUAUAGACAGGAGCAGCACUGAAGAGAUUGCGAUGAGCGCGAUGCAAGACUUUGCUCUUAAGACAGAAUCUGCAUGAGUUUGCUUCACAGAGUUACAAUGUGAAGCGUACAGGACCAAAACAUCAGAGAAGUUUAGCCUCACUUCAAUGCUCUUAGUUGUUGCGUAAAUUGACCGACAAUGCUAUUUACUUUGAGCAUCUACUUCAUAUCUCUGAGUCUACCUUUUAAGAUAAUGCACCUUCUCUCUCCCUCAUCAUAGAUUUAAAUGACUGCCUGCUCACUUCUGUAAUGUUGUAUAUUACUUUAUCAUGUCUGUGUAUUAUGAAUGGGGUAAUUCCCGAAUUAUACUGAGCAAAAAUGUAAACGCAACAAUUUCUAAGAUUUUACUGAGUUAUAAGAAAAUCAAGUCAAUUGAAAUAAAUAAAUUAGGCCCUAAUGUAUGGAUUUCACAUGACUGGGCAGUGGAUGGGCACAGGCCCACCCACUGUGGAGCCGGACCCAGCCAAUCAGAAUGAGUUUUUCCCACACAAAAGAGCUUUAUGACAGACAGAAAUACUCCUUGGGCACAACAAAAAAUAUAAACGUAACAUGUAAAGUGUUGGUGCCAUGUUUCAUGAGCUGAAACUUAAAGAUCCCAGAAAUGUUCCAUAUGCAAAAAAAGCUUAUUUCUCUCCAAUUUUGUUUAAAUCCUUGUUAGUGAGCAUUUCUCCUUUGCCAAGAUAAUCCAUCCACCUGGCAGGUGUGGCAUGUCCAGAAGCUGAUUUAAACAGCAUGAUUAUUACACAGGUGCACCUUGUGCUGGGGACAAUAAAAGGCCCCUGAAAUGUGCAGUUUUGUAACACGACACAAUGCCACAAAUUUCUCAAGUUUUGAGGGAGCGUGCAAUUGGCAUACUGACUGCAGGAAUGUCCACCAGAGCUGUUGCCAGAGGAUUUAAUGUUAAUUUCUCUACCAUAAACCGCAUACACGGUCAUUUUAGAGAAUUUGGCAGUACGUCCAACCGGCCUCACAACCGGUCCACAACCAAUCCAUAGAUUAGGACCUAAUGAAUGUAUUUCAACUGACAGAUUUCCUCGAACUGUAACACCGUAAACUCAAUGCAAUUGUUGCAUGUUGGGUUUUCACUUACGUAUGUGAUGGACAUGUCUCUGUGCCAAACAACCAAUACACGAAGACGAGGUGAAAAGGUAACUGUAGACUACUUGUUUUUUUUUUUAUUUCGCCUCCAAUUAAUUAUAAUAUCAGAGCAUGUGUUACUGUACUGUCCGAAAAGAUGUUCCUCUGUUCUGGCAAAACUUACAGAUGAUGUCGACAAAAUAAAUGUUGUGAUCGAUA